AAGUCUGCCCCGAGAACUAGGGACACUGCUCUUCCUCCCUUCCCAGGAGCAAGAUCCCAGCCCCUACCACCAUGGGACUCUCCUGGAAGGAACGGGUCUUCAUGGCCUUGUUGGGAGUUGCAGCAGCCUCUGGCCUCACCAUGCUCAUCCUCAUCCUGGUGAAAGCAACCAAUGUUCUCCUGCCUGCAGACACCAAGUUUGGGAUCGUGUUUGACGCCGGCUCGUCCCACACAUCCCUGUUUGUGUACCAGUGGCCAGCAAACAAGGAGAAGGACACAGGAGUGAUCAGCCAGGCCCUGACUUGCCAGAUAGAAGGGCCUGGAAUCUCUUCCUAUACCUCUGACCCGACACAGGCUGGGGAAAGCCUGAAGAGCUGCCUGGAGGAGGCACUGGCAUUGAUUCCACAGACUCAGCAUCCAGUGACGCCCACAUUCUUUGGGGCCACAGCAGGAAUGAGGCUGCUCAGCCAGAAGAACAGCUCUCAGGCAAGAGCCAUCCUAGCUGCAGUCUCCCAGACACUAAGCAAGUCUCCUGUGGAUUUUUGGGGUACCAAGAUCCUGGCUGGGCAAGAUGAAGGUGCCUUUGGUUGGAUCACUAUCAACUAUGUCCUAGGAAUGCUCCUGAAGUAUUCCUCUGGACAGUGGACCCUGCCUGAAGAGGGGAUGCUAGUUGGUGCUCUGGACCUUGGUGGGGCCUCCACGCAGCUCAGCUUCGUGCCUCAGGGCCCCAUCCUAGACCAGAGCACCCAGGUUACCUUCCGCCUGUAUGGUGCCAACUACAGUGUCUACACUCACAGCUACCUCUGCUUUGGGCGGGACCAGAUCCUGAGUCGGCUCCUGGCUAAGCUGGCACAGAGCAGCCAGGUGGCCCGGGUCAGACACCCAUGCUACCACAGUGGCUACCAGGCCACACUGCCACUGGCUUCCUUGUAUGACUCACCCUGCGUCCACACUACAGAUUCCCUGAACCACACCCAGAACCUCACAGUUGAAGGGAUAGGCAACCCUGGGAACUGUGUGGCAGCCCUCCGGGGUCUCUUCAACUUCUCCAGCUGUAAGGGCGUAAAGGACUGCGCUUUCGAUGGCAUCUACCAGCCUCCUGUGCAUGGCCAGUUCUAUGCAUUUUCCAACUUUUACUACACCUUCCAUUUCCUGAACCUCACCUCCAGGCAGCCACUGAACAUUGUCAAUGACACUAUCUGGAAGUUCUGUCAGAAGCCCUGGAAACUGGUGGAAUCCAGCUACCCUGGGCAGGAGCGCUGGCUACGGGACUACUGCGCCUCAGGCCUGUACAUCCUUGUAUUGCUUCUGGAGGGCUACAAAUUCAGUGAGGAGACCUGGCCCAACAUCCAGUUCCAGAAGCAGGCAGGUGGCAUGGACAUUGGCUGGACACUGGGCUUCAUGCUGAACCUGACAGGCAUGAUUCCAGGUGAGGCACUGAGCCAGUGGCGGGCUCAGAGUUACAGCAUCUGGACGGCUGGAGUAGUAUUUGCAGUGCUGACCCUUGUGGCUAUUCUUGGGGCAGCUGCCGUCCAGCUCUUCUGGACCCAGGACUAGGUAGAAGCCAAGCUGAAGUAGAUGGCAGAUGGCGAUGUCUAAAGCAGGAGCAGUGUUGGGAGUCAACAGUGACAACACAGCUGUUUAUGUUGUCAACCUUGUGAACCACCAUCAGCUGUCCUUAGGAAAGAAAGCCUUUGGCUCACAGGACUUUCUGAGCACAUCCUAGAUGCCUGCCCUCACGAAUCCCUGACCCUUAAGGGCUCGACUCUAUCCAGGCAGGAGGGCCAAUUGCUGACAGUACUGACUCCUCUACACCCUCAGGGUGGCUCUGGCUAUGGGAACUGUUAGUAGUCCAUGGGAUAGAAACAGGAGAGGCAGCUGUGGGAAUAGGGCCCCCUCAGAAGGCUGUGGCCAGCCCAUCAGAGGCUCCCUGCUUCCUCACUAUAUCAGACUAGACCAGAUACUCAGAGUCCAGGUCUGAGGCCAGCUUCUUCACACAAGAGCCUUUGAUUGGAUUCUCUUUAUCAUCAAUUCCAGAAUAUAGAUCAAAGUGGGAUGAGGGGGAUAGUUGUUUUGUUUGUUUGUUUAAUUAAAGCUGGUUUUUGUCAUGGUA